CGUGAAUUUAGGAGCGGCAGCUGCCGGCGCGAUGUGGGGGUGAAGCGUUUGUGGGAGCUGCCGCCGGUUGAGGGAGACGCAGAGUCGGGCACGGUGCCGACGGGCCCGCGGCUCCGGGAGGGAAAGAAGGGCGGGAGGGAGGAAGAUGCGCUGAGCCGGCCGCUGGGAAGGUACUGCUAUGUGGAUAUUUGUUAGCAAUGACUGAUGUGGAAUCUACAUAUGCAGACUUUAUUGCUUCAGGAAGAACAGGUAGAAGAAAUGCACUACACGACAUACUUGUGUCCUCUCCAGGUGGGAGCUCUAGUGAACUGGCCUUAAAGCUAUCAGAGCUGGAUAUAAAUAAAGCAGAAGGAGAAGGAGAUGCACAACGAAAUCCAAGUGAGCAAACCGGGGAGGCCCAAGGGGAGGCAGCAAAGCAAGAAAGCUGACAUCUGACUUUGACCGACUGGAGCAGCUGCUGGAUGUUUUCAGACUACAAGAGCAUGCUGGAACAAAUUUGUUUCCAUGAGCAAGCUGGUGGAAAGGAAAGUGCAUGUGUCUUCACUGCUGGAACCCACUCAACGCAAUGCUAAAAAUGAGGGUACAAGCUGUGGCAGAAGACAGAAUUUUCUCUACCUCUGUCAUUAGCAAUGGUUGAACAUGUAAUGUUUUGUGGGAUAGUGUCAUCAGAUGGAUCCCUUCGUAAUGACUACUUGAUGGGAACACUUCUAGAAAGUAGAACAAACAGGUUAAUCUUGUAGCAAAUGGCCUUUGAAACAUUAGAGGAUCUAAUUGUGUAUCUUAAGCAAAGGCUUGUGUGAUCCUCAGAGUUUAAAGUUAUCUGGCCAAAGUGUUCACCCAUUAAAAGAACUGUAAAGAAAGCACUGUUUUUAGAACUUGCAUCUGUUUUACAGCUCUGUUACUUACAAUGGUUUUUGUAUUGUACAACUUAGAUGCUCUACACUGCCCCUUCUCAACUGCUUAUGAAGAAUAUUUCUGUUACUGUGAAUUUUUCUACCACGCGUUUUGAAAGGGCUGGUUUUUUGCAUAAUGUGGUGAUGUGCACAUGAUAGUUUUAAAACGUCAACUGCUAAAUUGGUUAUGCCUAAACCUAAAUGACUCAGAAACACUCUAAUUUGUUACUAGAUGAGCCUUCAAAACGAUUCAUUAAUGUGAAUACUUUGGCGUGUUUUGUGUCCUUGGUACAUUUUUGCCACUUGCCUGUAGUUAGUUGCAUAUCAGAGACUCAAAGUGAAUCUUUGAUGUUGUUCUUUCCCAUUUUCUAAUUUUUCUCCCCAUUUCUUAAUCUUUCUCCAAGCUAUUUUUUUAAAAUGUUAGUCCAAGUAUUUUAUCGUUACGGUAGUUUUAAGAAUACAUUUAUUACCUUUUAUGGGUUAAAAUUCAAACAAAUUCCAUGGUGCUAGAGAUUUGUCUGGUUCACAUUGUUAAAGAUGGGUCUUGUUUACACAUGGGAAAAUAACUGGCAUAGGUAAUUGCCAAUUAUCUAUCUAGAGUGAUUUUCAGAUUGCGGGAUAGUCCAAGUAGUGGAUCAUGAAGUGGAUCCAACCAGGAGAAAUAUUUUAUUUCAUUUAGACUUUGGCUUUGCCUCAGUUGAUCAGGCCAUUGAGUUCACACAGCCAGUAGCAUGUUUAUGAUGCACUGGGCACAGCCAAACGGUAAAAGCUGCUACAGCAGCCUUUUGGCCCAACCUGUGGAAACAGAAGUGAGAGAGCUGUAAUCUAGCACCCAAAAUACUGGAUUUUUUGCAUUUCAGCUAUUCCAAAAUGGCAGUCCAAACUGAACAUUCACUGAAGUACUGGGAUAGCUUUUCCAUAACCUAUUCUGCAGUAGCUGUGUUGAUUGGUUUCCUUCCCACAUCAGCCCCAGUAGACAAGGCCGUACAUGAGGCCGAACAAUGCAGGAUGGGGCAGUUACACCUCAGUGUGAUUAAGGUGAGUAAGGACAAUGACUGACUAGUAAACCAUGGCAAUCACAUAAGCACUAAUCACAAAGUGGAAAGAUCUUUUCUUAAUGGGAGGUGAUGUCACUUUCUUUAUAUAUAUUAUAUAUAUUAUAUAUAUUUUUGUGUUGUUGUUGGUUUCAAAUGUUACGCACUUUUUAAUGUUUGUAAACUUUUACUAAUGAAUGGUGUGAUUGCUUCCUGAAUAUAUUAAUCAUCAGUUAACAAAACAUAUUUGUGGCCACAGCUGUUUGUUUCUGCCAUAUGUAUCAUAGUGUUUGUCACAUGAAAUUUUUUUGUGACGUGUGUGAACAAAAAAAAAAACAAAAAAAAAACCAACAAAAAAAAAGAGAAAAAGAAAAAAAAACCCUAAACAAAUCAAAAAAAAACCACCACCACCACUUCUGAUCAGUAUUAUGAGCUCAUUCAUUAAUGUUAAUAAAAAAAACAGCCAGCAGUAUGCUUGUGGUUCAUCAGUGUAAUAUAAACUCUCACCUUUUCUUGUUUGAAAGUUGAAUGCCUUGCUGUCUUAUUAGCUGUCAAAUGCUUUAUCUUCUUGGUAACAGAAGUUGUCCAUUUGCUUUGAAAAUACUGUUACCUUGAAACUAAUUAUUUAUUAAUUUGUUUAUCUUGAUGUUCCUGAAUUGGGUAUUCAAGUUGAGCAAAGAAACUGGUUGCCCUUUUGUCAUAAAUGACAAGUUAGCACCAAUUUAGCACUAACUCCAGAAGGAAAUAAGAUUCUAGGGAUUUAUAUAGUGUUACUUUAUUGAUGAUCCAUGAAACUCCGUCGAUAAAUUGUCACGGGAAAACGUAAUAAUAGAAUAAGUAAUGCAGUAUAUUAAAGUGUUGGCUUUUUCCUUAUUUUACUUCACUGCUUUUUUUUUUUAAUUAUUAUUUCAGUGCAUUUUCCUUCUUCCAAAGUCUUCUAUGUUAUGGGACAAAAUAAUUUCAGCCAUUCCUCUUUAUUUUCUAUCUAUUUCUUCCUUCUAUUUCUCAUUUUCCUUUGUUUCUAAAGCAAAGAUGGAGGCCUUCAAUGCAUUCGGAUACAUCUUUCUUUGAUGGAAAAUGGCACAGAAAAUUUUAGUAGAGUAAAAGGCUGUUUGUGUUCUUUAUCCCCAAAA